ACCCAAUUGCACCGGUAAAAGACUUCACAGACUUCUCACACAUAGCACACCUCCUUUCCUUUUCUCUCUCUUUCUCUCAGCUCUCGGUCUCCGUUUCCUUCUCAUCUCUCUCAAUCUGUAGCUCAUUUAUGGACAAAGGAUGGGGUCUCACCCUCGAUUCUGAUCCUCCUCUCACUUUCUUCUCUAACGCCCCCUCUCUAGUAGUAGACUCUUUUCACAAGAUUAAUAAGCGUACCUUUGACAUGUCUGACUCCGUUCGGAUGUUUCCCUUCCCGGUCAACCUUCCUGCUAGGGACGAUCGCCCUUCUCACUCGCCGGACGAUGAUGACCGGGUGGUUGUAGGUGAAGUCGAUUUCUUUUCGGAUAAGAAGACUAGGCCUAUUGGAGACAAUACUAAUAAUGAUAACGAUAAUGAUGAUUCUAAAGCCACAAGCGUCACUGUCAAGAAGGAGAAUUCUUAUGGCGAAGCCGCUCCAAGGUCCAGUGCCGAUGUAAAUACUGGUUUGCACCUCCUCACCACUGGAAGUGAUCAAUCAACUGUGGAUGAUGGAGUAUCAUCGGAUGUUGAUGAUAAACGAUCCAAAAGCGAGCUGGCCCAAUUGCAAGUAGAGCUCCAAAGAAUGAAUUCAGAAAAUCAAAGGUUGAGAGACAUGCUUAGUCAAGUGACCAACAAUUACAAUGCUUUACAGAUGCACCUUGCAGCUCUAAUGCAACAGCAAAGACAUAAUCUUGGAACUGAAGCUGCCCAAGAAAACGAGGUUGUUCAAGGAAAGCCUGAUGAAAAGAAGCAUGAGGUGGUGCCAAGACAAUUCUUGGAUCUUGGGCCUUCAGCUGAGGCAGAUGAGAUAUCUAAUUCUUCCUCUGAUGAGAGGACUCGUUCAAGCACACCUCAGACCAAUAUAGAUGCAGCAUCGGUCAGAAAUAAUGGCAAACUUGAGAUGGGUUCAUAUGAUCAGGAGAAUUCUAGUUUUAGAGAUGGCAAAAGAAUCGGUAGAGAAGAAAGCCCAGAGUCAGAAUCUCAAGGUUGGAAUCCAAACAAGCUUCAAAAAUUGAAUUCUUCAGCUAAUAAGGGUAUUGAUCAAUCCACUGAGGCUACCAUGAGAAAAGCCCGUGUCUCAGUUCGAGCCCGAUCAGAGGCACCUAUGAUAACAGAUGGAUGCCAAUGGAGAAAGUAUGGACAAAAGAUGGCUAAAGGAAAUCCAUGUCCUAGGGCUUACUAUAGAUGCACCAUGGCAGUUGGUUGUCCAGUUCGCAAACAAGUUCAACGAUGUGCGGAGGACAGAACAAUCUUGAUAACAACCUAUGAAGGCAAUCACAACCACCCUUUGCCUCCAGCUGCCAUGGCAAUGGCAUCAACAACAACAGCAGCUGCAAGUAUGUUACUUUCUGGAUCAAUGUCCAGUGCGGAUGGCAUAAUGAACCCAAGUUUACUAGCAAGAGCAAUCCUUCCAUGCUCAUCAAGUAUGGCAACGAUUUCGGCUUCAGCUCCAUUUCCAACUGUAACAUUAGACCUUACCCACAACCCAAAUCCACUACAAGCGCAAAGACCUCCAACCCAUUUUCAAGUCCCAUUUGGAGGCCAAUCACAGAACAACUUUGCAGGCCCACAAUUGCCUCAGGUAUUUGGACAAGCCCUUUACAACCAAUCAAAAUUCUCUGGUCUCCAGUUGUCUCAGGAAAUGGGUUCCUCACAAUUACACCAUCAAUCUCAACCCCAACUAUUGCACUCAUCACAGCAGCCGCCUUCAUUAGUUGACACAGUCAGUGCUGCCACGGCUGCCAUCACCGCCGAUCCCAACUUCACUGCAGCACUUGCAGCUGCUAUCACUUCCAUUAUUGGUGGUGCUAAUGGCAACUCCACGGCUGCCACCAACAAUAAUAGCAAUGGCAACAACACAAGCAACAGAAACUAGGGUCCAGUCUCUAUUUUUAUCCCUUUUUUUUUCUGUUACAGUUUCUUGGUUUCAGUUCUUUUAUAUUUUUGUUUAGUUCUUUUUGUUCUUUGUUGGGGAUAAGAAUGAGAUGAGAUGAGCUGUUCAUAUUUUUUUGUUCUUAGUUGGGGGGGGGGGGAAGAGGUUAGAACACAAAAAAAAUUAAAUUCUUUGUUAUUAUUUCAUUUUGAAUAACUUUCUAAUUGUUAAGGAAAUACAAGAAAGGAUAAAAUCAAGUUCAAUGUGCCAA